GUUGCCUUCCAACGUCAACCUGACAGCACUUUCAGCUGCGCUCAUUGCGCGCCGGAGACCCGCUGGCUGUGCUGCUCUGCAGUCUGAGGAUUGCCUUGUUCCCGAUCGAACCUUCUUCUGUUGCUGCUGGAUUUUACUCUCUGAUCUGCAGCUGGCCAAUCUUCAACCAGCUCUGACAUGGCUGAGAGGAAGCUGGAUGGCUUUGGACAGAGUUGGAUGGUGGCACUUUUACUGCUGUGUAAUCUAACAACGUUUUUGGUGAAGGCAAGCAUGGGGGUUAAUGAAACUCAUCAGCAACAUCCAACCAAUGUCUACCAUGACAUGGGACUCACCAGGAACAAGAUAGUUACAGCACAGUUUGAGUGCUAUCAAAAGAUAAUGAAGGACAAUAUCCACGGCAGACAAGAGCCCAUGUGUAACCGCACUUGGGAUGGGUGGCUGUGUUGGGACGACACCAAAGCUGGAAUUACAUCGGAGCAGCACUGCCCAGACUACUUCCAGGAUUUUGAUCCUUCAGAGAUGGUUACAAAGAUUUGCACUGACAGUGGCCAUUGGUUUCUGCAUCCUGAGAGCAACAGGACAUGGACCAACUACACCCGCUGCAAUGAACACACCAAUGAAGGCAGAGUGACCGCAAUGAAUCUGUUCUACUUAGCCCUCAUAGGACAUGGGCUGUCACUGACCUCCCUCUUCGUCUCCCUCGGAAUAUUCUUCCAUUUCAAGAGUUUGAGCUGCCAAAGGAUCACCCUUCACAAAAACCUCUUUUUUUCUUUUGUUCUCAACUCUGUGAUCACCAUCAUUUUCCUGACCGCGGUGGCAAACAACCAGGAACUGGUGCAGAGGAAUCCAACAAGCUGCAAAGUGUCCCAGUUUAUUCAUUUGUACCUGUUUGGCUGUAAUUACUUCUGGAUGCUGUGUGAAGGAAUAUAUCUGCACACUCUCAUUGUGGUGGCCGUGUUUGCAGAGAAGCAGCACCUCAUGUGGUACUAUCUCCUAGGCUGGGGCUUUCCUCUCAUUCCAGCAUCCAUACAUGCCAUUGCUCGGAGUUACUACUACAAUGACAACUGUUGGAUUAGCUCCAAAACGUCGCUACUCUACAUCAUCCAUGGUCCCAUCUGUGCUGCUCUCUUGGUCAAUUUGUUCUUUCUCCUAAACAUUGUUCGAGUUCUCAUCACCAAACUGAAGGUGACCCAUCAAGCGGAGUCGAGUCUCUACAUGAAAGCAGUGAGAGCCACCCUCAUCCUGGUGCCUCUUCUGGGAAUUCAGUAUGUCCUGCUUCCCUACAAGCCAGAGGGACGGGUUUCCUCUGAAAUAUAUGACUAUAUCAUGCACAUACUCAUGCAUUACCAGGGUUUACUUGUGGCCACCAUCUUCUGCUUUUUCAAUGGAGAAGUCCAAGCAGUUCUGAGGAGGCACUGGAACCAGUAUCAGAUUCAGUUCGGCAGCAGCGUAGGAAACCACUCGGAUGCCCUGCGUUCAGCCUCCUACACAGCUUCCUCCAUCACUGAGGUACAGGGCUGCUACAGCAUUGACGGUCACACAGAACACAUGAACGGCAAGUCCUUCCAUGAUGCAGAUGCCUGCAUCUUAAAAUCAGACAGCCCCUUCGCCUGACAUCAACACUCCUCUCAAACGCUAUCUGUCCCACCACCACCCUUAAAAUCUGCAGCAUGCUUGGAGCUCCGUGGCAACCAGGGAAACUUGCCUCUUUCUAUAAAUACAAUGUCAGAAGAAAUGAGUGAGGAAAAGGACUGUCCACCCAAAGCUCCCACCCACUGGAAGGAAAUGAUGGCGUCUCAGUCACACCAACACAGGCCCUUUAACAGUACUGUAAAGUGAGCUUGCUACAGCUAAUCCUGCGCUGUGUCGUGUCAACAGUUUGCCACUGAACUGCUUAACUUGGACAAAGAUGCAUUCUGAUAAUCACAAUAUUGUUGCAAUCUUUCUGCCUGACAAAAUAAUUUUUAAAUGAUGAAUAGUGACUGCCCGAUUAUCCUGUUGGGGUCAUGUUGUGCACCAAAAGCCUUUGGUUACACUGUAAAUUCUUUUGACACGGUUAGUGCCAAACCAAGAAUUUUUGCCUGCCUCAUUUAGAUUUAUUUUCAACAGAGAAUCAGAACAGAGAUAGGAUGUCUAACAGGUGCAUAAUAAUAUAUUACAGCUAUAUUAUAUCUUUCACAUGAUAAAGUUAAUUUAUAUCAUCAUAUUCUUGUUUAUUAAAUGGAAACAAAAUAAAUACCAUACAGUAUUUAUUACCGUUGACAUGCUACAGUUUAUUCUAAAUUAGUCAUUUAUAUAAUGAUAUGACUUGUUCCAGCAACACAUAAGCUUUCUAAGCUUUCUCUUGUUUGUUUCAGUGUUUAUGUUAGUGCAGCUCAUUUACAGAAUCACAUCCUAAGCUUCAUACCUAGAGAUUUCGAGAUUUUGUCAUGCUAGUGUUUGAGCAUGUUCAAGUGAUCCUUACCGACGUGCAUCUGUUAAACCACAUGGUAGCUUGUAAUGUAACCUUUUAACACAAUAUGACCACAGACAAGCCGUCGUGAUAUUAUAUAUGCUCCAAUAUCUGCUCAGUACACUUGAAUGUAACAGUUUAAAGACCUGGCCAUUGAACAUAAAUACAUCACAUUCCCUUUCACUGCUGUCUUUACGCAACCCAUACCCUUACUUAGAUAUACGGAGAUGUUAGCACUAUUAGGUGUUCAGAUCUAAAACAGCACAGUGUUAAAAAAUGCAGAGCUUUGUGUGAGUGUGUGAGGUUGAUUCAGGUACUGGUGAGAAGAUGAAGUAGAGUUUAUGAAGUCUAGAUUUGGUAAUGUAUACAUCCAUCUGAAGGUUCUGUUUACAACCCUUUAGAACUAUCUGAUAUCAUAAGAGCACCAGCAUCUCAGACCAAAACAAACAGGCACACCUCCUUCCUACCUUUAAGUUACAACCACAAAGGUCAUCUCAACGAGAGCCAACAAAAACUAAUCUAGCCACUAAUGUUGAACCCAUGCUAUCAUUGUAAAAUACACUGAAUGGCCAUAGCGAGUAAUUAUUAACUCGAGUAGAGUUAUCUUCACUUCACCUGUCUCUCACUUCUGUCCACUCGUGUCUGUUGUGUUGUCUGUUUCCACUCAUUGGUUCACUCAAGUAUAGAAACAGACACACAAUGACUGGAACAGAACAGACACAAGCAAAUGUUUGCUUUUCCAAUCCAGCGAGGGAGGUCAUUCUCAAUGUGUUUAUAAGCAUGAGGAGGGCCAGCAGUUUCAAAGGGAGGGAUUCACAUGCAUACGCAGCUGGACUGGCCACUGAAACAGGACAGAGUAGUGCGACUUCAUUCUCUGCUGACGCCAUUACUCCACUGUAUCUUGACAUAGCAGAUAGUUGUUUGCUGCUAUAUUAACAUUAAAUGGUUAUUAUUGUUCAAGAUCUUGCAUGUAAGUAAAUUUAAAUAUAAUACUCACAUGCACUUGAAAGACGCAUCUGAUAAUCGCUUCUGUUCUUGCAGGCCAUGCAUUAAAUCCUUUGUAGUACAACUUACUGUUAGAAAUGGGGGAUAAAUUUACAGUUGUUAUUCUGUGCCAACAGAUGUGAAAAAAUUCGGGAAAAGCUAAUGUAACAACAAAAGCACUCGGAGAGUGCAGUACUCCGCCAGUGCUGCUCAGUUGUUAUGCUUUCCGCCGGCUGAAAUCUUGAAAAAAUUUGUGGUCUGCAGCAGUCGAAUUGUAGUGGAAUCGCAAUCAUGUGAUCAUCAGCAGGCAGUUGACGUAGUGUUCACUAGUAGUCAUAGCUACAGUGACGCUGUGCCGCUAUUUCACAAUGAUACAGAAAUCUAGACAAAUCAAUCUGUGAAUCCAGAUUAUAAGCCACAUCACUGUCAAAAUAUAAUCAAUUGAUCCUCGUGUCAUUUCUGACCUUCCCUGAAAAUUUCAUACAAAUCUGUUUGUCCAUUUUUGAGUAAUGCUGCCAACAGACAGACGAACAGACAAACCAAUGCCGAUCGUCACAUAACUCCACCACAUUGCUUGGUGGAGUAAUUAGCCAAGUCAAGUAAGUAUCUUCAUGCUAGCUAGUCAUGUAUAUGUUUACUAGACAGUACCUUGUCAGGGAAAGCACAAUUUUCUCUUAAAAUCUUUUUAAUUUUGGUAAAGACCCACCUUAUUUGGCAAAUUCAGACAGAUGAAGCCUCAUAUUUACUUAAUUACGUUUGCAGAUAGUUUUGUCCUCUGUCUUUUCAGAGUAGUCUUACUACUAAAGGAUGCUUUAAGACCAGUAUGCAGGUUUGAUUCCAGGCACAACAUUUUUAGUUUGUGCAAUAAAAAAAUCGAAACACAGAGGUUGGUUAAGUGCUUCAGUAAAAGAAAAGUGUGAAAAAGUGCAAUGAAAAUGGAUUUAAUCAUGAUGUAUAUAAAGCAUGUGACGUCCACAUUCAUCCAAUCAUCCACUGAAACUUCAGCUACACUAGAGACAUUAAAAAUGGCAGCAGAGCAAACACAUCAGAUCUGUGUGAAGCAAUGAGGAAAGCAUUAUAUUUUGAUAAAUACAUGGAAAAAAUUACAAAUUCCAUAUGUCCAUUGAUGUCAUUUCUGUUUGUUUAAGGUCUGACUGGCGCUCUCGCAGUUGCUAUGAUUUUAUUAUGCUCUCCUCUUCUGCAAUGAUGCUCGAAUAGAGAAUUAGCACCCCCACCUACUUAUCUCAAUGAAACAAAACCAACUAGUUGCAUUACAGUAGUGGAUGAAAAUGCAUGCAUUAAUUCACUCUUUUCUCUGUAUUGCUUUUUAAACGUGUUUAAAAUGUGCUACAUUUGGACGAAAAUCAGGCUGCUUACCUCAAGGUGACAAUUUUUUUUCAAUCUGAGCCUGAGGUAAAUAGUGUUUUUUCGAUGAUGCUGCUGUAUUGUGGUAUAAGUUAGAUUUGAAUUUUGAAAAAUUACAAAGUGUUUUAUUUGCCACAGCCCUCUGGUUUUGCAGUAGUGUGAUGUCAGUCUGUACACAGCCUUAAUUAAAAGUACAUGACGUGAUUUCCACUUCUCUUAAUAAAAUACUGCAAAAAAGUUAUUUUCAAAAAGCAUUUAGAUAAAUCAGGAUGUUUCAGACCUGGUCAAUAAUCAGUGCACCUUUUUUUUUAAAUCCCAGAACCUUUGUUGUUUGUUUUGUUUGUUUUGUUUGUUUGUUUGUUUGUUGGGGAUUUUUUGUAGCCUUUUUAACACACUGUUCAUAAUGCUGGGAACAUGAGUCACUAUCAGUUGAUGUAAAUAUUUUUGUAAAUUGAACAUUUCUGCAGAGGACAAGUUGAACGUGUGAGUGCGUGUGUGCAUGAUUUAUAUAUAUACACAUAUAUAUAUAUAUAUAUACAGUAUUUAUGAGUAUAUUCUACUCAGAAGCAUUCACCCACUACUUCUGUGUUUUUAUAAAGGGAGGGCCGGGGUGACUAACUGGGAACAUCUCUCAACUCCCAACAUGCUACUGUAUGUGUCUGCCCUUAUUUCCUGUCCUUGUUAAAUGCUGUCACUUUUCUAUUUAGACUGUAUUUUAAAGCACAGAAAUGGUGUAAAUCUGAUAUGUGAAGAUUCGUAUUCAACCUUCCAAAGGGCAUGUUUUCGUUAUGAUGUAUAAUACAUGAAAACAAAAAUGUACCUCCAAUUUGUCUCAAUUUUUCAUGUUUAUUGUUUCUUUUCUAUUGGAUACAUUACUUCUGAGUCUAAGGUAGAUAACCUGCUCAUGCAGAAGUUCAAAUUUUAACACACAUGGUCCAAAAUAACCAUCUUCUGACAUAUUAUCAACAGAAAUUACAUUGCUGGCUACUUGUUUGUCUUUGAUAACAUUUGAAUAUCUCAAUGUUCAGUCUUUAAUGCAACUAUGAAGCACUUGAUUCUACACAGAACAUGAAACGUGACCUAUUUUUGAGAAAAAAAAAUUUCACUUAUGGCUAAUAUUUUAGACACAGGGGCAAUUUCAACACACAAAUAUAUUCACAGUAUUUAAACCCCCAUAUAUUGUGUGAAAUCAGACUGCAGUAUCACACAUGCAGUUUUUACUUUUAUGUCAUACCUGCAGGACAGUUUCUCCAUUUAAACAUUAACUACACAACCUACAUUUAUGGCUUUCACUGUACUGCUUUGAUUAAGUGACUGAUGUACAAUGACAGAAUUAUGAUGUCUUCAUAAAGUCAUUUAUUGUGUAGUGAUGCAUCAUAAUCAUUUAUGAAGCUACAGUUAUUUCAUCAGAAUCGUGGAAAAGUCAGAGGCUUUUGGCACAUGUAGUAAAUCUUGUGUAUCAUAUAAGUUGUGUAUUUAUGUGUGAAAUGUUUUCAUAUGACUCUCCAAAGGGUUUGUGAACUCCCCAGUGACACUUUGGUAAAAUGUUGUAAAGUAUGACAAAAGCA